UACUAGUAUAAAAAGGAUCCGGUCGACUCACGGUUCUGCACCAUCUUUUCCCCUUCUUCUUCUCUGCUAAACUAUAGACCCUUUUGAGUUUCGUUCAUCCUGGUAGAUAAAUUUACGGAGCUUCUCUGAGCUUACUUAUUAGGAGGAUUGUGAUUCUUAUUCUUCUAGUCUUCUUUCAAAACCGAAUAGCAGGCAGCCUCGAUAAUUAUCCGAGCAGAGUCCUCCAAUGGAGGUUUUAACAAGUUAUGAUGCAUCGCCACACUUGUAUUAUGGUGGUGGAUCAAGGACUCAGGUCAGUCAUUUACCCAAUGAUAUUGUGAUAGACAUCUUAAGCAGACUCCCUGUGAAACCACUCAUGCAGUUUAAGUCGGUAUGCAAAAAAUGGUUGUCUUUGAUUAAACAUGAUACACAGUUGAUUGAUUUACACUGCAUCCGUUCAAAAUCACGUCCGAAACUCCUCUACAUCAACCCAUUGCCAGAAAAGGGCGUCCUUCACACUUGCUUAGACGUUAGCUUUUCAGCAAGCAAAACGUUACAGCAAAGCAUUUCAUGUGCAGAGAUAGUUGAAGGCAGUGGUGGUGAGGAAGAUGCCAUUAUUAAUAAGGUUAGGAUAACUGAUGACCAGUGGUUUCUUUAUAAUCAAAUCUUGGAACCAGUAAAUGGUUUGGUCCCAUUCAUAGAUUUGAAGACAUAUGCUAUUAAGGUAUACAAUGCAAGUACAAGAGAAGAAACACCAUGGGUCAAAUCAACAUUAGUAGCAGAAGAAAAUGCCAAACUUGCAAACAAAGACAGCACGAUGAAGAUAAAAAGUCUUUGUAGUCCAAUUUAUCGAUUUGGGUUUGACCCAGAAAAAAAAGAACACAAAGUAUUCUGCUUUUGGAGACUAGUUGCAAGACGCGAAAGUCAUCGUUACAAUUCCAAGCAACGCCCUGAUUAUGAAAGUUGGGAGGCGUUGACCAUGGGCCAUGACACUAAAUGGCGAAGGAUCAAUGCGGUUCCUAAUGAGAACAACCAAAUAAAAAUUCAACAGGCGCUCCCUCCAGCUAAUAGUAGUAUGCGAAAUGUGUAUGCAGAUGGUACCAUUUAUUGGAGUAACAAAGAAGAUUAUUGGGAUGUAUUCAGUGACUCUAAUCCCGAUGAUCCCGACGUUAUAGUUGCAUUUGAUGUUGGAAGUGAAAAAUAUAGAGUUAUCCCAAUUCCUAAUUUUAUCCUCAAUGAGCCUCGUGAUGAAACCUUUAGGAAGCCUAUUGGUAUGCUAGCAUUGGGUAGACAUGUAGCUCUAGUAUACCGUAUUGAACCCUACGUUGUUAAGUUAUGGAUGUUAGAUGAUGGAGCCGCCAAAAAACUGGAAAAUUGUCGAGGAAACAGAAGUAACUGGAUUGCUGAGACUAUAACUCUACCAUUUUGUUGUGAUGACGGGUUUGGCUGUUUUGGAAUUGCUGGAAGUACAGACAAGAUAAUAUUUGAAAGCCCGGGAUUCGAAGAUUCUGUAAGUGUCGUCGAUUUGUAUUCUUAUGAUCGCAGGAAUAUGACUUGCAUGAAGAUUGAGAUGGAUGGAGUUGCCUCGUUUACCGAACAUUCCGAGAGGUCCAUACUUACAACAUUUACGGAAAGCCUUUUUCCUGUUCUGCACAAAAGUUAGCUGACAUCUUCUGCAGAGUUUCUUUACAUACUGCAUGCCAUGUAGUAGCAAAUCUCUUGUUGCUAGCUGUUAGCAUUCUAUGUUGUCUGAGAGGCGCAGGCUUCGGCGAGUGUGCAGUGUGUAUGGUCUAAGAUGGGCAGGCUACGGAAGGGGUGCAGUCUGUAUUCGUUUUUGUUUGGGCUCGAACAGUUGGCAAACUGCCUUGGGCAUUAGUGUUUGCGCUUCAGGCUGUUUCAUUGGCUUAGGCAUUGAUGGUUGCAGGGAUUGAGAUUGAUAAUUGUUGAUGAUAAUGUUCAGUUUAGGCCUUGGUACGAGACUGAACUCUCAGGGUCGGAUUCAGUAACAUUACCCUCCUCGACACUAGAGUGACCGGAACGUAGUGUCAUUUAUAACAAUUUGGUUUAUAAAAUAUGCAACCGUAUGAUCACAUAUGGUAGUUGUGAGAGAACCUGUCUAACUUUCAUUUGUAGCAUGCUUUGUCAAUCCGUUUGCCGUUUGGUUGCCUUUUCUGUAAUUGUGUUCUAUUAUAGUACUUGGUGUUUGUCA